GGGGUGUACUGAAACAGACUCCCGCUACUUACAGGAGGUAUAGCAGCCCUGCUCCUACAUUUCGCUGCCUAACUCUGUCCUGAAUGUGCUGAAGUGGGAAUGGUCCGUCCGCGGCUAUAAACUGCUUCUCAUCAGGAAACUACAUUAGCUCACCAUCACUUCAAAGGUCUCGUCAGACAGAGGUGACGCCAGGAGAUGAUUUAAAGGUGAAAAUGACAAGGUUUCCGCCCCUCAAACCUUGGUUCCUUUUCUGACAAUACAGUGAACGAACCCAACGUCUUCUCAACUGUGAAAAUAGGACUGGAGGAGGAAAGCUUGAUUUUUUUUUUUUCAAUUCUUGAUAAAGAACUGCCGGGAAGCGUUCUCUUUGAAAAAAAUCUCAGAACUGUGACACAGAUGGAUUUUAAAAAGUGUUAGCUCUUUCCAAUGAACACUAGGAGAGUGCCCUGCUCUUGGCUGGAUUUUUCAGAGAAUGGCAAUGGUCUCUGCGAUGUCCUGGGUCCUGUACUUGUGGAUAAGUGCGUGUGCGAUGCUGCUCUGCCAUGGGUCCCUCCAGCAUACCUUCCAGCAGCACCACCUGCACAGACCAGAAGGAGGGACCUGUGAAGUGAUCGCAGCCCACAGGUGUUGUAACAAGAACCGCAUCGAGGAGCGGUCACAAACAGUGAAGUGUUCCUGUCUACCUGGGAAAGUGGCCGGGACAACAAGGAACCGACCUUCCUGUGUGGAUGCCUCCAUAGUCAUUGGGAAAUGGUGGUGUGAGAUGGAGCCCUGCCUAGAAGGAGAAGAAUGCAAGACACUCCCCGACAAUUCCGGAUGGAUGUGUGCUACAGGCAACAAAAUUAAGACCACAAGAAUUCAUCCAAGAACCUAACAGAAGCAUUUGUUUAUAUAAGUAGGAAAAAACAACCUGUGGAAAAUACAUCAUGAGGAUUUAAAACAUCUUACAUACUUGCAAGCCAAAUGGAUGUCUUAUUUGCACUUUGACUGGUUACCAGAUAAUCACAGUGUGUUUACUUUUUGAAACAAAGCAUCCCAAAAGAAGACUCCGGAUUUUCUGGCAACGUCAUGGGAAACGGCUUUUAAAAGGAAAUGAGUUUUCUCUGUGAAAUUUGGGGGAUCAUGAAGAAGGAUCAACCACCUUCUAAUUUGGAACUACCGUUACUUUGUACCAUUUGAAAUAUAUGUAUAUAUAUAAUAUUUUGAAAUAUUAUAUAUUCUCUUCAAGAAAUGAACAGUACCACAGUGUGAGGUGGCUGGCGUAGCCCUUUCAGUUUUUGGAUAUUUGGUCGGUUUUGUUUCGUUUGCCAUUUCUUUUUCUCUCGGUGAGGAAGAUACACGCCCGUGUGAGAAUCCAACAUGGCACUCUCCCUGGAAGGCCAGCUGCAGGCGGACUCCUGGAAUCUGAGGCAUCCUAACAAUACUGAGUCAAGAGCUUCCCCCUGUUUCGACCCAACGAAGCUCCAUCGUCUUGUUUUAUUGCUUUCUACCCUGUGCAAUAUUAGCAUGCAAGCUUGGCUUACAUAACCAUACUUUAUAUUCAAUUGAUAUAUAAUAACCGGUCUAACCUCUUCCAGGAAAAUAUUUUUAGAACUACUAGCUUUUCCACAGAUAAGCAAAUGAGGAUUCUCAAGGGAGCUGCUCCACCAUGCUAUUAAGACUCUAGCAGGAUGGUAGGAUGUAGGCCCCCUGUAUCAGUAAGUCCUGUAAAUACGAUGUCUUAGGGCUUUGUACAGCUGUCUUAGACUGCAGAAGUGUCCUCUGAUUAAAUCCAAAGUCUGGCAUUGUUAACUACAUAGUGCUGUAGCGACAAGUCUUCUCAUGGCACCUCUUUCUAUGUUUGAUUUGCUUUUUCCUAGAAUAUUUGCAUCUCCUCUGGUGAGAUAGGAAGGCUAUGAAAGCAAUUAGGUUUCACAAUGAUCUAUGUGACCAAGUGUUGGACAGCCCUAUUAAAGUGGUAAAUAACUUCUUUCUUAACCCACUUGUCCUCUUUGUUUGCCACGUAGCGUUACAAACUCUGCUUUAACCAAACCACAAAACACCCUUGCUCAUGUUUGUAGUUAGCUAGAAGGUCUUGGAAUCUCUAGAGGCUACUACAUCCAACAAUAAUAUUUUGAAAUCUAGAAAUGCAUUAAUAUGAUUUUAGUAAAAUAUCCAUUUACAAUUACAGGGCUUUCAUGUGGGUUACUCUGAUAAUAUAUAUGUGGUUCACACACACGCCAAAUGAACAAAAACUCCAUUUUCGCUGUCUAUUUGGAGUUAAGUUUUGAGCUGAGCUAAGAGGUAAGCAUCUACCUAAGGUCUAAUUUUCCUAAGGAACAUUUUAAAGGGAUUUUACACUCCUGUUACCAUAUCAUCUCAAAACUGCAAUUUUUUUUUUUCCUCCCAAAAUCAUUCUCUGGCAUCUGUGUUGUCAGAGCCACUCAGUAAAUCAACAGCGCCGCAGGCCCUGAGUCUGGACUUUUUAAGUAUCAAACCUCUAGUAAGACUCAAAACACCCCCUUUUUAGUCUACCAAGAAAGCCUGAGGUUAGAUUGACUAUGUGAACUGUUAGCCAGAAAUUUUGAUUCUGUAUCUUGAAGGCCGGUAGAAAGCAUCUAGAGAUAGAAAUAGAAUCUUAACUGUAAAAUCGAGACUUCCAAACACUUCUGUAGAUAUUUGCUAAACGGUUACAUACAAUUCGUACCAGUAUCCAGGUGUGUUGCAAGUGAUAGCUGGCCAUCACUUGAUAGCCAACCACUUGAAAAAUGGAUGUAGGAGGAUUGUAAGUUCAAAGUCAGCAUGGGAUACAGAGCCAAACUCCUGCCCCAAAACAAAGAAAAAAGUUCAUUCUAGCAGUCAUUUCUUGGUUUUACAGCACAGAUUCAAGUGCCAAGCAAUAUUCUUUUUAAAAACUACCUUUCAUCUGUCGGUCAGAUUGAAAUUAAAACCACGAACCUUAAGAAUUAUACAUUUGAUGAAAAAAUUAGAAUAGAAAUAUUUGCCAGAGAAUUCGGUAGAAUGUUUAACACACCAAAAGAGAAUGUAAGGAAUCCAUCAAGCAAGACUAGAACAAGAAAGCCAAGUUUAAAACAAAAAUAAGUAGGUAAAUCAGGGUUCUUGUUGGGGUGUCACUUUGCUAAGCAAGGGAGUGCACAUUAUGUGAAAUGGGAGCCUACAAAAAUUUACGUAUAGGUGAAUUUACCAUAACCAUAUUGCCACAAUUUCAGUUUUUCAGGAAACACAGACAUUUAGAGUUUUGCAUAAAAUUCCCUAACUUUCCUAAACGUAAAUAAGCGAACUUCAUUUGAGUGGCUGCAAAUAUUAUCGAGUCAUGUUCUCUGAAGGGUGGCCUUAGCGCAGUGAGAAGAAAGGAGGCUCUUCUGUCCACAAAGCCUCACUUUAGAAGACAGUCCUGCGAACACACAGUCUAUGAGGUGUAUCUUUUCCCGUUCUGGAGCCAGCAGCUAUCACUCAGCGUAAGAGCUAGCCUAGAGGGCUCUACCUGUUAGCUCACACCCAUCCAUGAAUUCAUGCAGAAGCAUCCCUUGAAAGACCUAGAGAAAGAAAGCGGGAAAGAAGACCAUGUCAGAAUCAGGCAGUCAUCCUAUAAGACAGUACAAAUAUCUGUAAUGUCAAAUUCAAUUUGGAUUCAUCCAAGUCCCUUACACAAAUGUGUGGACCAGCCAAUUGUGUUUAAAUUUAACUUCUUCGAGUUUGAGGAACUCAGCGGCUGCCAUCUGCCUACUGAGCCUGCACAUUUGUGGUGCACAAAAUUUCGUCACAUGCAUACGGUAAUAAAGGGAUCAGUGUAUAUGACUAAUAUCAAUUUUCAGCUCAUGCCUCAUGGACCACGAAUAAUAUGGUAACAUAAUUGGAAUAUAUUGUACACAAAGUUUCAGCCAGUUCUUGUUAAAAAGGAAAGUGACGCUUGCUUUGAAGUCAAAGACUUUUAAAGGGAGUCAAGUUCCUUUGUUGACAUUUGGGGAGUUCUUGGAUUUACCUGUUCGUUGACUGUGCAAGCACACUGAGAAGCUGACUACUCGGCAGUUUUCCAGCAUGUAGUGACAAGUGCUUUCACCAAUACACAGGCGACAUCUUUUUUCGAUUAAAUCGUGUAGCUUUCACAAAGCAAUACAGUGGUUUUAUAGUGCAAUAUAUUAUGCCACCUUGCUGUUGUCACUGAUACAGUAAGUUAUGGAGGGUAUAAAUAUUUUUUAUAGGAGUAGAACCACCCAUUCCUCACAUAUAUGGACUUUCUCUACUAAUUAAGUUUGGCAGUUCCAUUUCAAAAGCUCUUAGGGUCUGUUUGACAUAGGAAUGUGUCAUAUCUUUUUGCAUGAGCUGUUACCUUCUAAGCAGAAGUACAAGUGUUUAGUAAUAUUGUAAGACUGAAGUGAUCUUUAUAUAUUUUCUAAAUACAAGAAGGUGUGAUAAAAGGCAGGACUAAAGAAUGGGAGUGCUUGGGACAAAUGACAUUGGGGAUAGAAUCCAAUUCCCUAGAAAUCACAAGCUUUGUGUAGAAAUUAUAAAAAAGAGUAUUGUUUAUACCUCAAAGUAAAUUAAAGAAGAGAAUAAUCUUAAUCUCUCUCCCCUCUCUCUUCCUACCUCUCCCACAUCAUACACACACAUACCCACAAACUAAAUUAGCUAAUAAAGAUUUUGUGAUUUUAGGUUUAGUAAGCCAACUUUUUUCCCUUUGAAAAGUAGCUCAGAAACUUCAUUGGCUGUCAUGGCAUUACAUUAUUGGCUUAUAAUUGGUCCCAUUUGUUUAUUUUAUUUAUUUCAGUAAACUUGCCUCAUCUAAAAAGCUACAUUGGGCCGUUUACAUGCCUCCAAGAAAGUAAAAAUGCUUGCCACCAGACCCGGUGAGCAAUCUUUAGAAUCCACGUGAUAGAAAGAAAUAACCAAUGCAUGUUGUCCUCUGUCCUCUACACACACCUCAUAGCAUGGAGUGUGCACAUAGAUUCACAUAUACAGCAGAUUCAAUUUCUAUCACUCCAACCUUGGGGUAAUCAAACUGGUGUGAAGGAAAUAUUAAGGGACUGAGAGAUGGUACUUGCCAACUUGAAAGAUUCACAUAGCUUGAGAAGCUUGGGUAUUUACUCAAAAUAAUACGGCAGUGAAAAUGGCCUCCCCAUAUGUUUCUAGGCUGUGCACACAACCUCUCACAUGUGAAAUCACUGUGUGACCCCUUUUCUCCCAUAAAUGUCCUUCUCUAUUCAUACCUGGACUGCAAAUGGACACUUAAUUUGUUUGGUUUCUGAUCUGGAGUUUGUCACUGGACUCAGACUGAAAAAAUCUGAAGGUUUUUCUCCAUUCCUUGUCACUCAUGCACAUUUCUUCCUCUCUGUUCUUUUUCACAUCUCAGGCCCAAAAGAUCCGAUACUCAUUGAAAAGAGCCCUCCAUUACAAUCCCCUAGCAGCCUGAGUCCUUGCUUUCCAAACUCACAACCCGAGAAUGCAUGAACACUUUCUCUUUGCAAGAGGGAUAUCAACUACACAAAAUUUGAUUAUAGGAGGACUAGGGGAGAAGGAAGCAGAACCAUUUUCCAUGAACAAAGUGACAUAAAUAAUUAGCCUUAUUGUAUCAUUGCCAGUGAGCAAUAUCGGUGAUUUUACUAUGAUGAUCAUCCUUCUAGAGGUUCUGUGUGGGUGCUCCACACUCAAGACAAACACUGAAAAUAAAGCCACAGGGUUAUGUCACAAUCUGUUUCUACAAUGCUCAAAAACUGAACAGAUCCACACCAAACUCUCUUGAAUCUUUUAUUCAUUAGUAUUGCCACUAGUGUGUUUCAGCCACCAGAAAAUGCCAGUGUAAGACACACUUAAGCAGUGUCGUUAGCACAAGCAAGCAACUGAUGGCAAAGGCAUGGCUGGUGUCCAGAAUGAAUGCGAAUGUAACUUGAUAAUGGCCUGAGCCAUCUGGUAUGUAAGAGGAUAAUCAGCAACCAUGCAAGGUCAUGACCAGACACCUUCUCCACACAUAGCUGUCAACGCAUUUAGGCUGACUGUUCAAACAGAUUUAUAUAGCACCCUCGGUUACUCCAGAAGUGUGUGCCUCUGGGUUUCUCUUAUACCCACAACACUGUUAAAGAUCCCCUUUAUUCAUUCAGUCAUUUAUUCAUUCAAAAUUAAACAACCAUAUAUUGAGUCUUUACAAUAUGUCGCCCUAGUAUUAGAUGAUGAGAACAGUGUCAUACGUUUUAUAAUUGACAGAAGUGAUUAAUAACCAAAUAUCAUGACACAAGAAACUCCAACGGUACCAAGAAACUAAAUGAUGGGAGCAAAAUGUUAGCUUUCAGUAGCAUACUCGCAAAACAUGGAAUUUAACAUGGGAGGAGGGGCCUGGCAGGAAAUGAGAGAGUUGGGGGGAGUGAGAAUGAGGAGCCCACAGGCAGAUUCCAGGUGGCCAAGUUACUAUGUACAAAGGCCUUAGUCAAUGGAGAGCUAGCUGUGUUUGCAAAAGUGGAAGCACCUUUAGAGCUGCAUGACAUUGGGAAGGGAAGCUUGAAGUCACAGCAUGUAGCAUGUAGACAUGAAUAAAACUUGGAGUUCUGCUUGAAUUGUAGCAGGAAGUCACUAUAAAGUGGGCUUAGAAGUCAUCGAAAGGAGCCCAGUCCGUUUUUAACUGUAAUAGGUACCACUGGCAUCCAGGUAGAGCCUCUAUUUACAUCCUUGUCUGUGCAGGAAAAUAAAAGUACAUGUGGGACAUGGGAAUUAGGAAAGAAAUAAUCAACUACUAAUAGAUGAGAUGGAGGGUAGAACCCCUAACUUCCUUGCUUCCAAGUGGGAGAAUUUGAACCAUAUUCUGCGUUUACGCUCUGUGGAAAGACUCUCCAAUGUAAAGAUGGCCUCCAUUUGACCUGUCUAGUUGGGGGUUUGUUGACACAUGCAGCUCUCGAGCUUUUGGAUGGAGUGACUAUAGUGUAAGAAUUUACCUCUAUUUAGAGUUGUCAUUGACUUAAAAUCAGGAUUCGGUUUCACCUGAUCAGCUGCUUUCCCAUUGGGUAGCAGAGAUCUGUCCACCUAUUCAGAAUCCCAGAUAGGUCACAGGUGACCAAACUCAUAACUGACUCAAGCAAGCUCCAGUAGAUUGCCUUCCAGCCCUAGUUUCUUGCUUCCUUACCAGUGUGUCUCAAGUUCAUCACUCAGCCCCCUUACCCCAAAAUCUAAACAUCAAGGUCUUCUUAUGAAGAACCCCCCCCAAGUUUUUUAAGAGGGCCAAAUGGAGAUGAGAUAGAAGAGUACUCAAAUGGAAUUGAGAUGACCACUGUUUAGUUAUCUACACAGAAUAUUUACCCCAUCAGAGCCUAAGGACAGAACAAUGAAUAUUGCUGAUCUUUUGUAGAGGAGUUAAUGCCGUCUAUUCAGGUCUCAAUCACCUCAGUCAAUUGCUAAGGCCACAUUGAUAUCAAACUAACUAGGAUAUGUGUGGCUGUAGUGAACACAAUCUGUAAAGUACUUGAUUUAUAAGCAUUGGGACCUGAUUUCAAGUUCCUGAUCUGUGUGAAAAGCAGGUAUGGUGAUACAUGUGUAUAAUUCCAAUGCUAGUAAGGCACUGGCAAGAGGAUUCUGGGGACCUCUGUUCAGCCAUCCUCACCAAUAAAUGUUGAUCCCACAUCCCAGUGGGAAAUUCUGUCUCAAAGAAUAUAGUGGAGGGUUUCUGUGCAGUGUCUCAGAGACAAGCCAUAGUGAUAAAGGUUUUGUUUCCUUUUAUUUAUUCUGUUCCAACGGGACCCAGUUUCAUUGGCAGUGAACAAAGUUCAAAUUGAAUUACUAAUAAGGUUUGAAGUCAUCAUAUUGUUCUCCCAAAUGCUAAAGUAAGCUGAGCAUAGUUGUGUAUGCCUGUGAAUCCAACACUUGGCAGCAGAUGAGUGCUAGGAUGAAGUUCAUCUUGGGACAAUAUCAAGUCCCUAGAGUAGGAAAAUUAAAUGUAAGCAUGGGCAUGUGUCCUGACUCAGAGUCACUUAAAGCCAUGGGACUGGGCCACAGAUUGGCAUCCUAUACAGCAACAGCCAGUGUUAACAAUGGGAAUAUUAGUGCUCCAGCUCAAAGACCAGUUAAGGAUUUUAAACGGCCAGGACAAAAGUAUCCUCAACUCAUCAAGAAAGACUGUGCGAGUGACAGCACCUCUAAGAAUUCAGCCGGGAGGUUCUCUUCUCCCAGCGGCAUUCUCUCCACAAACUCUAAAAGCAAACCCCCAAAAAGCUUCUCAUGUCUACGCUCAAAGCAAGAAAAACAGCAAGGGCAAACCUGCUGACAGAAUCCGGUCUUGUGUAGGCAACAGAGAGUUUAGUUUUCUCUCAAGCUGUUACUGUUCUUGUUUCUUGUGCCAAUAAAAAUUAUCUUCAGGCUAAAAUGCCUAGAAGGGAUAUUGUAAAGAAAGAAAAAUACCUAGGGUAGAAAAGGAGAUUUCUGAGGCUGCAACCAGUUCUCCUCUGUCACACAACCAUCCCCACCUACGUGUAGUGCUGAGGGAAGGGGAGAGGUGUGCUUUGUUCUUACAGAUACCUCUGUGUAAAUAUUCCCACUGGAGACGAUGCCAAAUGCGUAAAGAGUUGAGGGAUGAUGGCUGUAGCCCAUUUCCAUUGUCAGGGAAAGAGAGGUUCCCAUGUUUCACCCCCUGAAUGAGGAAAAUUACACUCUUCAUUCUUCAUACAAAAAAAAAGAAAAAGAUUUUACCCAAAACAUUAUUAUAUUAGAGUAUGGGAAAUUCUGAGCUUGCAGGGAGAGGUGGAAUUAGAAUUAAUUGGUGUUGCCACUGUUGUUAAAAAGACAUAGAUCCUAAACCUUAAAAUCCAGAGACUCAGAGAUCAACCCAGGAAAAUGUCUAAAAUAGAUUAUUUAUGAAUAUUUGGGGAAAUAGUAAUCUCUGAUUUUAUUUCAUUGAAAGAAAAUCACAUCUGACACUAAUUUUGUUGGUCUUGUUCGAAACUACCCUGAAAGUAUUAAAAAAAGUGAUGAACCUAACUCUAGACUUAGUAAGAAACAACUCUCGAUCCAGGAUUUCCAAAUCCUAUAUGGCUCUUAGAAUAAAUCUUCCCAGUUUUUUUUUAAAUAAAGUUUUAUUCUAACACAGCCACUUGUCAACUAAACAGUCUCUGUCCUACAACAGCAGCUGAAUAGCUGUGGCAGCUCUGAAAGCCUGGAGCAUAUAGCAUAUGCUCGAGUUCAAGGAAAGAUUUCGGACACCUGGUCUACCAUGGAGAGGGCUGAGUGCUAGAAACAAACAAACAUGUGAGUCCACAGCCACCAUGACAGCCAUUUGCCAGUGUUUCCAAUUCAUGGACAACAGGACUUUGGACAAGUGUUUUCAGUAACCAUAUUCUGGGUUCUGGCUGCACAGCAUUUUAACAUCAGGCAUGAGAUGGAAAGGUUUGAUUUUGUAUGCUGACUGCCUUUGCAUAUGAUUGACAGUCUAAGUGCCCACUGAUCACCUUUCGUGACUAAAGUGACUCAAGCAAAUACACUGGUGCUCCAAAGAUGUUGAGAUGAGUAUGAACAGUGGAAGGGCACAUGUCCAAAUUCUCAGAAAAUGGAUAAAUGGGUUAGGGAUGAGAUCUGCACACAGCAUUUAAAGCUCUAUCAUUUAGAAAAAGAAUUCUAUUUGGUUCUGAAGAGUAUAAUAAAAAUGUUCAGCUUCAUAUGUCCCAGUAUUAUAACAACAAAGCACCAGCAGGCUUCCUUCAGUGGUCAUGAGCAUCUUGUCAUGCCUAGUAUUCAGACUUUGUUCAGAAGAGCUGUUGGGGGUAGGGGCUGGGGAAGGACUCAUGAGUAAGCAGUGUUGUCCCCUCUCAGAAUGUGUCCUUCUCUGAGUCCGUUUUCUCGCUGGUGUAACAGGAAUAAAACUACACCCGCUCACUAAUAUCAGAUUAUUGCAAUUCAAGGAACUCUUAAACUCUGAAGGACUGAGACUAUAGAAAGCUAGAUGACUUGGCUCAGAUAUGCAAAUAUCUCCUGACUGUUCUAAAAGUGCUGCUUGCCGGUGAUAGCAGGUUUUUUGUUUUGUUUUGUUUUGUUUUGUUUUGUUUUGUUUUUUUCUCCUAGCAUAGGUAGCAUCUGUUUUUUCAAAGAGAGUAGGCCAUGCCUGAUGGAAACCAGAUUCAUCUCUGGUUAAUCUGAUAGAGCAGUGGGAGUAAUAUUGGCAAUGACCUACAAGAAUUGUCAAUACAUUAACAUCCCUUUGUUAUAGGGAAUGGCAAAAGGACUCAAGCAUUUAAUCAGACCAAGAAGAAGAAACAAACAUUUGAUGGCAGGAAAGAGACCAAACACAAACAGGCAGAUGAUAAAUCAGAGCAAAUUACAGGACAAUUAAAGACAUGAGUUGGUUCAAAAGUAUCAAAACAAGCUGGCGUCUUAGCUAGAGAUGCUUACCACAUAGAAAGUGACCCUUCAUCAGAUAACAUCAAGUCUACACCAGCUCUUCAAACGCAGUGUCAGCAUAGCAUGGUGAUAAAAUCCUCUAACCACAGCACUCCAGGGCUGAGAUAAGAAGAUGGCCACAAGUUCAAAACCAGCAUGGGCCAAAUAGCAAGUUCCUGGCCAGGAAAGACUAUGAACCUAAACUUUACCAUGUUCCCAAAAUGCAGUAACCAAAGUGAAUUGUGGGAUAGUGAAUGAAAAGUCUUCUAAGCAACCUCCAACUCUACUCUGCCAGCUAGUUUUAGCAUACUAGUUAUAAUUUCAGCAGUAUAUCCUAGAAAAAUCUAAAAAGGGUAUCCAUCAAGUAUUUUUUUUUUUUUGUCACACUGAAAAUUUUCUUUUUCUUUCGUUGGGAAACAUAUUUAUCAGGAACACACAGUGCAAUGCCCUGGUUAAGGAGCUUGUAGUGGUGGGCACAUUCACCGGCCCAACGGGAAAUGCACGCACUUCCCCAAAUCAAGAGGAAAAACCAAUAUACUGCUCCAUUAUUUCAUAGCAGCAAUUGAGAAAGAAAACGUGCUUUGAAAAUGCCUAAUUUAUAAAUAUACUAACAGAUAAGGGAAAACAACAUGGUGAAACAGAUGACUGGACAUAAUGAAAUGAGUCAUGCUUUGUUUUAGGAAAAGUAAAAUGUAUACAAAUACAUUGUAUUUAGUGUCUAAAAGUGCAAAGUAGCGGGGAAAGUAUGUAUGUGCUUAGGUAUUUACAUAUGAAACCAAGCACUCAACAUCUAUACAUCCAAACCACAAAUUGUUAUAUUCAUGAUUCCAGCCCACAGCCAUGUUGCUCUUGAUAACGUAAUUUUUUUCUAAAGUGAUUAAUAAUGGUUAGUUAAAUUUUUAAAGUACAGUCUUUCCCACAUUUACAUGGUCGUUUCAUUCAUUCUUGAGUAGUACACACCCAAAUCAUGUCAGCAUAGACAUCUAUUGAUAAAUAAAUGAAAGCAAAAUGUCAUACAUGCAUACAAUGAAAUAUUAUUCAACCAUUAAAAGGAAUGGAGAGCCAGGUGUGCUGCCCACCUUUAAUUCUAACCCUUGGGAGGCAGAGGCAGGCAGAUCUCUGCGAGUUCGAGGCCAGCCUGGUUUACAAAGUGAGUCUAGGACAGCAAGGGAUAUUACACAGAGAAACCCUGUCUUGAAAAACAAAACAAAAAAGAAAGAACUGACACAUGCCACAAUACACAAAAACUUUGAACAUAUUCGGCUAAAUGAAAGGAAACAAACACAAGUGACCACAUAAGACUUCAUUCCAGUUGUGUGAAAUGUCCGGAUUAUUAAGGACCUCCAUAAAAACGAAAAGAUUAGUUACAAGGGGAGAGAAGCAGAUGCGAGAAUGACUCUUGGCUGUGCUAAGAAAUUAAAAGUUUGGAACUCGACAGUGGUGAUGGUGGUAUAACAGUCCAUGAGCGCUCUGGAACCCAGCACGCUGUAUACAUUUCAAGGAGCAAAAAAUGUUUCUAUGAUAGUUAGAAAGAGAAUGUCAUUUUUAUAUACAGUUUUUUUGUUUUUGUUUUUGUUUUUGUUUUUUUUUUUUUGGUCAGAUCUUUGGGAUGCCAUCAAUGUUUCAACUUAGUGGGCAUUUGAUGAAGAUCAAUCCUGCAGGAGGAAAUGGGGAGGGAGACUACAAAGAAGGGCAUUCUCCUAGUCCUAUGAGCAGCCAAAUUUUAAGAGUGGAGGUUGAACUGUGCUAGUUGCGUUGUGAUUGUUUUCAGAGCUAUUGACAAACUGACCUUACUUCCAGCCGCCAGUUGUUAGAAUAAGCUUUUCAUUUACAUGGUCAGAGGGGGAACUGAUAACCCAUUAGGGCAGCAAUUAACCCUAUAUUGAACAGAACCGUCAUCCGUUUCAGAACAUGCAUCAUCGCCUUCUUUCAACACUAGCACCCCGCAAACCUCUGUGACAACCCCAAAGUCCCUGUGCUGAUUUCCAAGUGGCCUCGAGGUUGGGCUUCAUUGUGUGGCGAGCCAUCGUGUGCUAACAGCAGAGAGGACCUAAACAAUGCUCUGCCUGGUGCAGCAUUUUCCGGAAAUUCCAAAAUGAGCAGCAGCCACCAUGGAGGCCCCUCCACAAGCUUUUCCAGAGCAGUCCUUGAGUCUCAUCUGCAAUUCCUCACCUGCCUCUCCUCCCCCCACUGUUAAGACAGCAGGGAAGGGCGCACAGUUUUGCAGGAGUCCCUGAAGGUACUGGCAGCAUUCUUGGGUUUGCUCCUGAGGACCCAUAACCGGGAUGUGCAGCACUUCCUGUUUCCAGCAGUCCUCACAGGUGCACCACAUAUGUUUCAAGGAGGUGAAUGAGACAUCAAUGCCGCAGAAUUUUUUUUUUUUUAUUUUACGAAUGAGUGCUCUAUCUGCAUGUAUAUCUACACGCCAGAAGAAGGCAUCAGAUCCCAGUAUAGACGGUUGUGAGCCGCCAUGUGGUUGUCAGGAUUUGAACUCAGAACCUUUGGAAGAGCAGACAGUACUCUUAACCACUGAGCCAUCUCUCUAGCUAGAGAAAAGAUGUAUAAAAUGUAAAAAAAAAAAAAAAAAAAAAAAAAAGCAAA